AAGUCUUUGCACAAAUAUGAUUUAAUUGUCUACCAGUGUCAUUUGGGAUUAGUCUUGAGUGUCACAGUUGACUUUUCAAAGGGAUUUGACUCGUCAGAAGGGAAACACCUUUCUUUUGGAUACUGAAGGGAAGACUAGCUCUUGCCGUUUAAGAGUUGCGCAUGCAGAUGGCGCAAAGGUACGACGAGCUGGCCCACUAUGGGGGCGGAAUGGACGGUGUCGGGGUUCCGACGUCCAUGUACGACCCGCACGCUCCACGGCCUCUACCUCAGGUCCAUCACUUGAACCACGGGCCCCCUCCUCACGCCAACCAGCACUACGGGGCCCACGCACCACACAGUCUCAUGUCCAGCAGCAUGGGCUCCGCUGUCAACGACGCUCUGAAGAGGGACAAAGACCAAAUAUAUGGCCAUCCGUUAUUCCCCCUGCUCGCUCUUGUGUUCGAGAAAUGCGAGCUGGCCACAUGCACGCCGAGGGAACCGGGAGUCGCGGGCGGCGACGUGUGCUCCUCGGACUCCUUCAACGAGGAUAUCGCCGUCUUUGCCAAACAGAUACGUGCAGAAAAACCGUUAUUUUCAUCAAAUCCAGAGUUGGACAACUUGAUGAUCCAAUCGAUACAAGUGCUUCGAUUUCAUCUUCUGGAAUUAGAAAAGGUGCACGAACUUUGUGAUAACUUCUGCCAUCGGUACAUAAGUUGCCUAAAGGGGAAAAUGCCAAUUGAUCUAGUCAUCGACGACAGGGAUGGAUGCAAGUCUGAUUUUGACGACCUCUCAGGAUCAUCCACAAACCUAGCAGAACACAACCCUGCGACCUGGCGAGAUCUGGACGAUGCACACUCGACCCCGUCAGUGGGGACGCCAGGGCCUUCCAGCGGGGGACACGCGUCUCAGAGCGGAGACAACAGCAGCGAGCUCGGAGACGGUAUGGAGAACAGCUUGGCAUCGCCGGGCACGGGCGACGAGGAUGACCAGGACAAGAAGAGGCAGAAGAAGCGAGGCAUCUUCCCCAAGGUGGCCACCAACAUCAUGCGGGCAUGGCUGUUCCAGCACCUCACGCACCCGUACCCCUCCGAGGAGCAGAAGAAGCAGCUCGCCCAGGACACAGGGCUGACCAUCCUACAAGUGAAUAACUGGUUCAUCAAUGCCAGAAGAAGAAUAGUCCAACCAAUGAUUGACCAGUCCAACAGAGCAGUGAACCAGGGGUCAGCGUACAGCCCUGACGGCCAGCCCAUGGCGGGCUACGUCCUGGAUGGCCAGCAACACAUGGGCAUUCGACCAGCUGGGCCAAUGGGCGCCAUGGGCAUGAACAUGGGCAUGGAUGGGCAGUGGCACUACAUGUAAACCCUCCCUCAGCCCUUCCCAAGCUCGACGUGAGGACCCGGUGGAGUGUCUGCAGUUCCCUCAGGGAAAGCUCCUCCCUCCGUGGCAAGUGGUCCAAUGAGAAGCCCGAUCACCUUGUCACGACCUCCGACCUCCACUGAUUUCGACCAAGCUCACAGUCAGUCACAGUCUUCCUGGAGCACGACAACAGACUUGACCCGUGUCCCCACUUCCGCACCCACCUCCACCUCCACCUCCACCUCCACCACCACCUCCAGCGACCCCCCUCCAGCCUCUACUGAGCCCCGUCCUCACUGUCUCCUGUCUGGGCCCAGCAAGAGGACUCCCUCCCUCCCUCUCCUGCCUCCCUGCUCGCCUUCCCUCCCCUGGACAUCCACAGCUACAGCAGCAGCAGAGAGCCCAGCGCGUAGCAAAAUGUGUACAAAUAAUAAAAAAAAAAAAAAGACAGAAGACUUUUUCACUAUGAAAAUAUUCCUUCAAAAAAGAGGAAUGAAAGCUGAGAUGACCUCUGGUGAUUAUUUUGGAGAUGGAGGAUUUCUUCUGGUUUUUGUUUUUCCCUUUUAAAUUAUUUAUUUAUUUUUUUACGAUAAGAUGGAGCACGAGGACCAGAAUUUCCUUGCACUUUUUUUCUUGACCACAGACCAGCUGACACACA